AUGGACGAUAUCACCAGAUCCCUCAUCAGAUUCGUGGUGCGUGCUUUCCACUCUCGCCCAUGUAUUCUUGUGGCCGAUGCGGUGAUGCUACAUUCGGUACUUUCGGAGGACGACUUGAUCCAUCUUUUGGGCAUCCCCAGGAAGGAGCUUAGGGCUUACUGUGCCAGGCUUGUGGAGGAUAGGCUUCUUCUGACACAUGUGCAGAAGGAGGAGAAUUACCAGCAGAGACUUGCAAACAGAACAUACUACUAUAUCCAUAUCACUGAGGCCAUCGAUGCCAUCAAGUGGAAGGUGCACUCGAUAGUGUCUAGCAUUAAGGAAGAGAUGUCCUCGUUUGGUAAUCCGCAUGGGUACUUGUGCCCAAGAUGUGGAAGGAAGGUUUCUCAGCUUGAUGCUAUUUCGUUGCUUAGCGAUGAUAAGUCGUCGUUUAUUUGUGACCAGUGUGGAGGUGUUCUAGUGGAGGACGACUCGCUGCUUAAGGCUACUGUGAAACAGGAGAGGCUCGAAAAGCUUAUGAUCCAGAUUGAUCCGAUAAUUGGCUACUUGAAGAAGAUUGACAAUUCGAAUAUUGAGGAUAACAACUUUGAGAUUGCUCUUACCAAGGCUAUUCCAGCACAGUCCGGCUCUGCUGCCUUGUAUAAUGUUUCUGGCCGUGGUACCGGCAAGAACCGUGGCCAGAUGUCCCAGUCUCUUCAAAACGCUGCCUCCAAGGCAAACGCUACUUUGCAUGUCUCUAUUACUGCCUCUGACGAGAACUACGAACGUGAGCAACAAGAGAAGGAAGAGAGAAGACAGAAAUUGGAGCAAAAUGCAUUGCCUUCAUGGCACUCUUCUUCUACUGUUGGCCAAAACGAGUACAACGGCACGGAAGAUGAAAUUAAGACCGAGCCAGUUAUUAAGGAAGAACCUGAAGUCAAGCAAGAGAACGGCGCUGAAGCUCCUGCCAGCUCGGCAUCCCCUCCAGUUGACGAUGCUGCAAAGAAAGAAAAGGACGCUCAAGAUGUCCUUGCAGCUUACUAUGCCGAUUUGGCCGAGAGAGAAGCCGAAGAAGACGAGGACGACGAUGAUGACGACGAAAUGGACUUUGAAGAUCAAGUCGAUCCUUUCAAGUCCUUCAUUGCCGGCGGCACUGCUGGUGCUGUCGAAGGUGUGGUGACGUAUCCAUUUGAGUUUGCAAAGACUAGACUACAGCUUGUGAGUAAGACAUCGACGGCUUCGAGAAACCCAUUGGUUUUGAUCGCUAAUGUUGCAAAGACCCAGGGCGUGUCUGCCUUGUACGUGGGCUGUCCUGCUUUUAUUGUGGGCAACACAGCCAAGGCUUCUGUUCGUUUCCUUGGAUUUGAUUCCAUUAAAGCUCUUUUGGCUGACAGAAACGGUAAGCUUUCUGGCCCAAGAGGUGUGCUUGCCGGUUUGGGAGCUGGUUUGUUGGAGUCGGUUGUUGCAGUUACGCCUUUCGAAGCUAUCAAGACUGCUUUGAUUGAUGAUAAACAGGCUGCUAAGCCUAAGUAUCAGAAUGGAUUGCUUUCUGGAACUCUUAAGUUGGUGAAGGACUUGGGUUUCAAGGGAAUGUAUGCUGGUGUGGUGCCUGUCUCCAUGAGACAAGGUGCUAACUCUGCUGUCCGUUUGGGAUCUUACAAUGCCAUCAAAACCAUGGUCCAACAAGCUACAAACACCAAAGCCAACGAACCAUUGUCCUCAGCAGCCACUUUCGCUGUUGGCGCCAUUGCUGGAACUGUCACAGUGUACACGACGAUGCCUAUAGAUACAGUUAAGACAAGAAUGCAGUCAUUGGACGCCGCCAAGCUCUAUACAUCGACCAUGAACUGUUUCGUCAAGAUUUUCAAGGAUGAAGGUUUGCUCACUUUCUGGAAAGGUGCCACGCCGAGGUUGGGACGUUUGAUGUUGAGUGGAGGUAUUGUCUUUACCAUCUACGAAAAGAUGUUGGUGCUCAUGAACUAG